CACACCUCUUGCAACAAAAUCUCAAGAAAUCGAAUACGGAGGCCUGCACUUUUUAACAAACUACCCGUAUAAUUAACACGUGUCUUCAAUUCACUGUUUUAUGAUCUAGAAGAGGAAUCCCAGAAGCUAACCUCAAAGCUGUUACCACCACUCUAGCCAGCAGAGAUACACUUGCCCCUCCCACACCAAUUACCUCUCACUUCAUAUGUUAAUGCUAUACAGACUUGUUAAAUUCUAGGUAUAAAACAAUAACAUGGGAAGGACCAAUUGGACAGAGAUUGAGUUCAUUCUGCAGGGACUUUCAGAGUACCCGAGAGCUGAAAAAUUCCUUUUCGUGAUGUGCUUGGUGAUGUACCUGGUGAUUCUCCUGGGGAACGGCACCUUGAUCGUUCUGAUACUCCUGGAUCCUCGUCUCCAUACACCCAUGUACUUCUUCCUUGGGAAUCUUUCCUUCUUAGACAUUUGGUACACAUCCUCCUUCAUCCCCUCAAUGCUGAUACACUUCCUAUCAGAGAAGAAAACCAUCUCCUUCACUAGAUGUGUGGUUCAAAUGUCUGUCUCUUACACUAUGGGAUCCACCGAGUGUGUGCUUCUAGCAGUGAUGGCAUAUGACCGUUAUGUGGCCAUCUGCAACCCUCUGAGAUACCCCAUCAUCAUGGGCAAGGCCCUUUGUAUUCAGAUGGCAGCUCUGUCUUGGGGACUAGGCUUUCUCAACUCAUUGACAGAAACUGUUCUUGCAAUACGGUUGCCCUUCUGUGGAAAAAAUGUCAUUAAUCAUUUUGUUUGUGAAAUAUUGGCCUUUGUCAAGCUGGCUUGCACAGACAUUUCCUUGAAUGAGAUUAUUAUAAUGUUGGGCAAUGUAAUAUUUUUGUUUUCUCCAUUACUGCUGAUUUUUAUCUCCUACAUCUUUAUCCUUUCUACUGUACUAAGAAUCAAUUCAGCUGAAGGAAGGAAAAAGGCCUUUUCUACCUGUUCAGCCCACAUGACAGUGGUGAUUGUGUUUUAUGGAACAAUCCUCUUCAUGUACAUGAAGCCGAAGUCCAAAGACUCUGCUUUUGACAAGCUGAUUGCCCUGUUCUAUGGCAUAGUCACCCCUAUGCUCAAUCCUGUCAUCUAUAGCCUGAGGAAUACAGAGGUGCAUGGAGCUAUGAGGAAAUUAAUGAGUAGACAUUGGUUCUGGAGGAAAUGA